AUGUCGCGUUACAGAGGGCCUCGUUUCAAAAAAAUACGCCGUCUGGGGGCUUUACCAGGACUAACUAGCAAAAGGCCUAUAGUCGGAAGCGAACUUAGAAACCAAGCGCGCUUGGGUAAAAAAUCUCAAUAUCGUAUUCGUUUAGAAGAAAAACAAAAAUUGCGUUUUCAUUAUGGUCUUACAGAACGACAAUUGCUUAAAUACGUUGGUAUCGCCAGAAAAGCGAAAGGGUCAACCGGUCAGGUUUUACUACAAUUACUCGAAAUGCGUUUGGAUAACAUACUUUUCCGAUUGGGUAUGGCUUCGACUAUUCCUCAAGCUCGCCAAUUAGUUAACCAUAGACAUGUUUUAGUUAAUGGUCAUAUAGUAGAUAUACCAAGUUAUCGCUGCAAACCCCAAGAUAUUAUUACAGCGAGGGAUGAACAAAAGUCUAGAACUCUGAUUCAAAAUUAUCUUGAUUCAUCCCCCCGUGAGGAAUUGCCAAAACAUUUGACUCUUCACCCAUUCCAAUAUAAAGGAUUAGUCAAUCAAAUAAUAGAUAGUAAAUGGGUUGGUUUGAAAAUAAAUGAAUUGCUGGUUGUAGAAUAUUAUUCUCGUCAGACUUAA